AUGUCGGCUCAGCAGGAUCUUCAAGAUCUCAUUCGGCUGAUGACCGUGGGUAUGAAAGUGCCGAUGAAGGACGCCCUAUCACGCGUGAAGAGUCUCCAGGUCAAGAAUCUUCGUAGUGUCCAGCAAAUCGCGGAAUGUCCACUAUCAGAUGUCCAAGCAGCUAUAUCCGAUGCCAAAGCCGCGAGAUCUCUUCAUAACGCAUGUAAAGCUCGCAUGAAGAACCCCGCCGGGCCUUUGGCGAGCAAGAGGACUGGCUCUCAUCUCACUGCCGAUGCGAAGCGGCUGAAGGCUGCUGGUGAUACAGGAUAUCUGGAUGGACCAGAUCCCGUGCAGCCGCGCGAAUACGAGGCAGCGCUGGAAUUCUCCGUCGAGACAGAUGAGCAGCUCAUUGCCGAUACUACACUGUUAACAAACAGAGCACCCCUCGUUCUGGCCUUCGCAGUGGAGCUUUUGCGGUAUACGAUGCCAGAGCAACCCCCUUCUAGUCGGUUAAGCUUGGCACAAGCCGUCGUCAGUGCUAAUUCGAGAAGCAAAGCCGUUUCAAUCGGUCUUGAAAAGGGUCUCAGUGCUGAUGAGGAAGGCUGGGGUCACGGGCAGCCGAGGGCUAGGGUUAUGGGGAGAGAAGUCACGGUUCUAAAAAGAGGUGGAUAUUCAUGGAAGGGGGAGGAAGAAGAAGUGAAAGACUCGUCCGAAGUAAAAGAAUCAUCAGCCGCAGCCAAAACUAGCACCCGUGAUAGUAUUCGAGAUACGAAUGAGAAUACAGCUAGUCACACAGCCAGGUCGUGGUCCACUAGUCAACCUGUUACUUUGAAACAAUCGACAUUUGUUGUGCGAGCUAUAACAAUUACCGAGCCAUCUCAGCGCCAGUCUGUUCUGCAGUCCCUAUUCGCCGCCACACCAUCUCUUCAAUCCGCGACACACAACGCGUGGGCGUAUCGGGUCAAGGUACCAACCAAUCUAUUCAAUGCUACUACGAUCAAGGAGGAGUCCUUCGACGAUGGAGAGAGUGGAUGUGGGUCCUUCUUGCUCAAGACAAUGCAAGAAAUGAACGCUGUUGACACAUUGGUCGUGAUGACGCGAUGGUACGGUGGGAUAAUGCUCGGGCCAGAUCGCUGGAGACUAAUGCGCAACUGUCUUGCAGAUGCAUUAUCAGAGCGUCUUCGCGUCACAGGAGAACAAGCUACUCUGGGAGGAGAGGCACUAUGGGGCAUAGACCUCGAAGCCAUGAGAAACAAGGCCGGCACAGUCGGUACAGCGUCCAGCAGAUCGUAUGAAGCCGGCGUCGUCGGUAUGCCCAUACACCGACCAGAGACAGCCAAGGCGUACCUUUUCAGAAGCUUUGCUACGCGGGUCGAUGCUUCCCAAAAUCAAGAAGGGAAUAAUGUCACCAGUGAGAACGAUGCACAGCCAUCCCACCCAAAAUCGACGGCAAAAACAACCUCAAAAAAGAAAACUGCCAGAGAGCUCGAUCUCGAGAAGGAGGAGAACGUCGCCAGACUUCUCGGCGCUAUCAGGCUUCUGUACGAAAGCUGGGCAGACCACCUGAGUUCCAGUGACCUCGACCGUCGCGCAUGGAACUGGUACGUCGCUGUCCGGCCCGAAGUCGAGAGCGGACCUUCUGGUUGGGGCGCCAAGGGGCAUUUAAAGCUAUCCGAUAUUCUCGCACUGAGGCGGAAAGAGGAGUGA